AAGAGAAAAAUUACAGAACCGUCUUUUCGGAGGAGCAAAAAAUGGAGGCCUCUGCUCCCGAGAAUCUCGACGAGUACUCUUCAUCUUCCACAACCAUCAUCUUCGACAACCCGAUUCCCCUACUCCGGGGCCCCAUACCCGCCGGCAAACCCGAUAACCCGGCAUUAGGCCCCUACGUCCUAGCCUUUAAGUCUAUCGCCGCCUGGUCCGCCGCACGCAAGCGCUGCGAGUCUCGGAUCAUUGAGCAGUGUGAGAAUGGGGCCAGGAUCGGGUGCGCCAUCAGCGCGUCGAGUAAGUGUAAGCCUCCAUGGUGGCGUCUGAAUUCUGUUGAUUUGAAGGAACGAGAGAUUUGCGAGCAGAGAGAGAUGGAGGCUUGUUUGGUUGCAGGAAAGGAGAAGUGCGUUGAAUUUGCGAAAGAGAAGUGUUUCAGGCCGUUCAUGGACGCUAGGGUUGCAGUGAGGAGGAUGGGAGCGAGAAGAAAGGAGGUUGAGAGGUUGGUUUGUUUGGCGUCGAUGCCGGAGAGUAGUACGUGGAGGGAUUUGAUUUGUCUGGAUCAGUUGAGUUCGCGGUUUCUUGGUGAAUUUGAAAUUGGAGUGAUGAAUUUCAGGGCAAGCGAGCUGCUGGGUUCAGAUACUAACUAUGAAUCGGAAUUGUGAGCUGAAGAAGAGGUACACAGAGAUAGAUGAGGAGAACCAAUCGGUUUUCAGCUGAAGAUGGAAGAUGAGGAGCUAGGUGUAUCUAUGACUUCGAUGUUGGAUGGCAGAAGCUACGUGUAGCGACUUGAGAUAUGCAUGAACUAUAUACAGUUAGCCAAAUGGUUCACUCCUGGGUUCUCAUGAGAAGGGUUAUGUACACAUUCUUGCUUUUGUUCAGAAAUUUACUCACACAUGUAAAGAACUUGACAUAUACAUGUACAAACCUGUGAUAGUUUCAGAAGUUCCUGCAUCAUGUGCAGAAAUUUACUCCUAUUAGUUGCCCUUCAAAAAUUAUGUUGAUCUCAUGAGAUGGUGACUUGAUGUAAUGAUAUCAGGCAUCAUAUUUUUAUGUCAUUAAUGUUGUUUUCUUUACAGUUAUUACCAUACGGUGUCAGGAGCUUGCUGAUAAUGCACUGCUUGGCUGAGACCACGUGUUUUGCUGGUUUUGCAAUUGAUGGUUAAAUUUUUUUUUGUUUUUUCACCAUCACAAUUCUCCGUGGCCCUUUCAACUGUCUUUAUCAGGAGAGGCCACUUAUUUGUUUUCCCUGACAGCCCUAGCUCAGAAUUCACUGCAGCCUCUUUACUACUACUCUGUUAUUCAAUUCACUCUUGCUAUUCCCAGCCAUCUUCUAUUGAUUUUUCUUCUUAGGCUGCGGUUUCUCUUGAAUUUUUUCAAAAUUUCCCUUUCUUCCUUCAUUUGAAGCUAAUUUUCUUGUGCUUAUAUUAAAUGUGUCAUUGCUUCUGAAUGGUCCUCAAAAGAAUUUUAGGCAGUCAGACCUACGUAGGUAUUCUGGGUUUCUAGUGCAUGCUAAUGAAUUCAAACUCAAAUGGAUUCUCUGGUACAAGGUUGAAAAAGGUGGUUCUUCUGUUAAGUUUUGAUUGGCUAUGAAAAGUUGAUGUGUUCUUGAGCACUUGAGUUCGCUAUAAGAAUUCAAACCCUGCUGAAUUGAUGGAUAUGAAUCUGUCACUUUGGAAUUGAAGAUAUGAGUGGAGUUGCUUCAUUUUGCGUCAAAUAUUUAAUUAUGAUUGAAUUGUAUGAUAAAUUAGGAAUGAAAUGAGAAUAAAACAGAUAUAAACUAACACAAUAUAAGAGUGAAGAGCGCUUUGCUCGCAAUUGGUUUGCUGGUCCAUUCUCAUCCUGGUGAUUAGUUUCUUGGUUGGCUAGAUGACACAAGUGUGGCAUCAAAACCUUGUUGAGUUUUGCAACUUCAAAUAAACUAGGAGGCUUUUUCUAAAUCUCAUUUAAUUAUCAUGAUGAAAUCCAGCCUAUAGAACAUGGAUGUUAAAUAACUCAGUUUAACAGAAGUAGAACCCUCAUGCUUUCCUGUUGGCUAGGUGGUUUUUGGGUGUUGGGUCAUUUAUCAAUCAGUGUCUGCUCCUAAUUUCAUGAAUUUUCUUGUUAGCAUUGCAUAUGGACAGGCUUUUUUUGGCCUACUGUCAGCAUAACUCUUUCCACAUUAAUGGGCCUGAGAAAGUGGCCCAUUACUAAAAGGCUGGACUGAAACUUACAAGUUAGAACAGGAUUGCUGCAUACUAUUUUCUCAAUCCAAAUUGACUGGCUCGUGUCUUGAUCCAGUUAACCAGUUGGAGAGUCUAGGUGAACAUUCUUGGCCAAUUCAUUUGCUUGCAAUCACUAAACCUUUGCCUGGGAGAGGGCGAGGGGAGGGAAUAUGAGUAACUUGUUCCUUAAAAGGGAACAUUGAGUUACGUCUAUUUCAUGCUUUCUCCCCAACUUAAUAAUUUAUUGUAAGACCAAAAUUCUCAAUCUCUCUCCUCUUCUCCCCUCACUCUUCAACCGGAAUACUGGGGGUUAUUACUUAAAUUAGGAAUUUAUUAAUAUCUCCUAGUAUUAUUUUUUAAGAUUUUGAAACAAAUUGCUACCUAAUGAUGAUCGUACCAAAUGAUUCUUCAGGUUGCUGGUGGACUUUAAGAUCAAUGGUUGUUUUCAAUAGGAUAGUCACAACCAUCAGACCAUUGAGGUAUGAUCAGUAUAAAGAAGGGAAGAUGGAAGUUGCAUGGAAGGGCUCCUUUCCACCUACUCAAAGCACGCAACUCAAACAUUGGACAAUUGAAAAGUGAAGGUACAAGGAAGCUUCCUCUUUCCCUUGUCAUAAAUUUGUUGUUAUCCCCACUCCAUUCAUGCCAUGCCUCCACAAGUCUUGCUUAUAAUAAAGAAUUGGGAAGUGUGUUGAUUUAUAAUUACAAAAAUCUCUCUAGGAUUUUAUUAUAAUUUAAAAUUUUCUGUAAUUUUACCCAUAUAUGUACAAUAAGACCAGUCCAAACAAGUUAUUUC